CAAGUGAGAACCAAGGGGGAAGUUCUGGGCAGACAAGGGAACCUUAACAUAUACAGUAAGAACAGGGAACCGAGAGUGUAGAUGUAGAAAAGGCCAGAUCAGUACCAGUGCAGUACAGAAUCAAGAUCCAGGAAAGUAGUCAGGAUGAACAGGCCGGGGUCAAAACCAAUCAGUAACACUGUACAGAGUUAGGAUCCAGAAGAGAGGUCCAACAGGCAAGGGUUGGGAUACAGCAAAGUUCAAAAACAGGCAGAGGUCAGGAACAGUAAAUCAAAUGAAGAUCACACCCAUGUAUAUUUAGACCAACUACAACACCAAUAACAAGAAACACAAUGGCAACAGUAGGUAUUAUUAUACUGUGCAGUUAAUUUAUUUUCCUCUCCAGACAAUGAAUGAGAAGAACCAGACGUCGGUCAGUGAGAUUGUUCUCUUGGGAUUUCAGAAUCUCCACAACUUCAAGAUUCCCCUGUUCUCUCUGUUCCUUCUGAUUUACAUUAUGACAGUUUGGGAGAACGUCCUCAUCAUAGUGUUGGUGUCCUCCAGCCGGAACCUCCAGUCCCCCAUGUACUUCUUUCUCCAACAACUGUCUGUGUCUGAUCUACUGGAAUCCACAAGUAUUGUCCCCAUCCUACUUCAAACAGUAAUAAAUGAAGGAGCCCCAGUGUCCAUUGUUGGGUGCAUUACUCAGUUGUAUUUCUUUUGCAGUUUAGAAGCUUUUGAGUGUUUGCUUCUAGCAGUAAUGUCCUAUGACAGAUAUGUGGCCAUCUGUAUCCCACUGAGUUACUCUUCUAUAAUGUCCCACAGGGUUUGUGUUACAUUAAUUCUAAUAUCAUUGGUUCUUGGCUUUGGCAUUACAAUGAUUUCAGUGAAUCUAAUAGGGACACUACAGUUCUGUCACCAAAAUAUUAUUAAUCAUUUCUUCUGUGAUUUCUUUCCUCUUCUAGAACUUUCCUGCUCAGACACUUUCUUAGUACAAUUAGAAGCAAUUAUAGUUACUAUCCCUGUGGUUAUUUGCCCCUUUAUACUGAUCACUGUAUCAUAUAUGUGUAUUGCCCAUGCAAUCCUAAAGAUAGUGUCCAAUACUGGGAGACAAAAAGCCUUCUCCACCUGCAGCUCCCACUUGGCUGUGGUCUCCAUAUUUUAUGGGACUCUCAUUGCUAUUUAUGUGGCUCCAUCCAGAAACCAAUCACAGACCAUGAGCAAAGUUCUGUCUCUUUUAUACACCAUAUUGAUUCCUAUGCUUAACCCGCUUAUUUACAGCCUGAGAAACAAAGACAUGAAUGAUGCCCUUAAGAACCUAUAA